AUGGAUGAUGAGAUCCGGAGGGUGUGGGCAGCACGAGGAGAGGGGGAGGGCGGCGAGAAAGGAAAUGUCCGGACGGAGCAGCAGCAGGAGAGGGGGUUGAGCUGCUGUCUCGCAGGACGAGAAGAGAACAUCGUGACGGGGUCUCUCUUUUUGUUUUUGGCCGCGCACGGCCUUGCAGACGAGAAGACGCAGAUGAGCCCGGCCGGAUACGUGGCCUCUUGCCAGUUCAUCUCGUGA